CCUUCUUUUUUUCUUGUGGUUCAAACUGUGCUUUAGAAAGGGAGUACAGAGGGAGUUCUCUACCACUUGUCAUCCAUUGAAAAAGGACUAACGGGACCCACCCUUUCUCUGCCCCCACCUCAUUCUUCAGCUCCACACACCUGCUUUGCUUUGGCUGAACACUUUUUUAGUGCAAUUACACAUCGGCCUUGAGAGCUGCACUACAAACCCCCUCCCCCUCCUGGAUUUGGGAAAAAGACACAGGUCUUCUUAGCUCUGCGUUGUCUACGAGAUCUAAAUCAUGAACUCGACCAUCCUUCUCCUGCUGUUGGCCACAGUUGCCUGGGCAAAACCCUUUCACCAAACAGGCUUCCUCGAUUUCAUGUUGGAAGAUGAGGGGUCUGGAAGAAAUGAAAGUGAUGAAAAGAUAUUAGAUCCAGUGCCACCAAUUGAGCGAGCAGGUGUACCUGAAGGGCCGGUCUGUCCCUUUGGAUGCCAGUGCCAUCUCCGGGUGAUCCAGUGCUCAGAUUUAGGUCUGAAGAAUGUACCGGCUGACAUCCCCUCUGAUACAUCUCUUCUCGACUUGCAGAACAACAAAAUCACUGAAAUCAGAGAGUUUGACUUCAAGAACCUAAAGAUUUUACAUGCUCUGAUCCUCGUCAACAACAAAAUCACGACCAUACACCCCAAAGCUUUAAUCCCCAUGGAGAAACUGCAGAGACUCUACCUGUCUAAGAACUUCCUGAAGGAGAUGCCAGUCAACAUGCCCAAGAACCUGCAGGAGCUGCGCAUUCACGAGAAUGAGAUCGCCAAAAUUAAGAAAUCCUCAUUCGAAGGGUUGACCCAAGUCAUUGUAAUGGAGCUGGGAACAAACCCACUGAAGAGUGUAGGAAUUGAAAAUGGAGCCUUCCAAGACCUGAAGAAGCUGUCCUACAUCCGGAUUUCAGACACCAACAUCACAGCCAUUCCUAAAGGUCUCCCCAGCUCAUUAUCUGAGCUCCAUCUGGAUGGCAACAAAAUCACCAAAGUAGAAGCUGACAGUCUCAAGGGUCUCAACAAUCUCAACAAGCUUGGUCUGAGCUUCAACCACAUCAGCUCAGUGGAAAAUGCAACUCUUGUUCAUGUCCCCCACUUGAGAGAGCUGCACCUGGAUAACAAUGCUCUCGUCAGUGUGCCCCCUGGCCUGCCCGAGCACAAGUACAUCCAGGUCAUCUACCUCCACAACAACAAAAUUGCUGCAGUUGGGACGGAAGACUUCUGCCCUCCAAGCUACAACACAAAGAAGGCCAUGUACUCUGGUAUCAGCCUUUUCAGCAACCCUGUUCCAUACUGGGAGGUCCAGCCUAUAACCUUCCGCUGCGUCUUCGAUCGUUCUGCCAUUCAGCUUGGAAACUACAGGAAAAAAUAAACCCUAAAUGCAAUUUCCAUCUCAUCCAAAACUCCAAACUCCAAGAAAUAAUUACCAUUUGUAUUAUAUGCAAUUUCAAUAUUACAAGAAGUGUACCAUUGAGAUGCCAAGUACAACAUGUAAUGUACUAUUUGUUUGUUUUCUUUUUCUAUGGAAUGUCAGGAGAAGUAGAGUUUUAUUUUGUCACAUUUCUGUAUUUCUUUUCCAGGCUUGCUUUUGUGUUGUUGUUUUUUAUUGUAUUUUUUUAAAACCUUUUGCACCUUUCCAAAUUGCCCCUGUAAUUUACCUUUUUAAGACCAAACCCAGGGUAAACGCUGUUGUUAAAGCUUUAGAAUAAACAAUAUACAUAUAUACAUAGAAAUGUUGUCACAGAAACUAUUAGCAUGCUUUUUUUUAUGCAAGCAGGUUUAUGGAUUACAGCUUUUUAUAUAGUUAAGGUGGAUCAGAGACAGCAGGCUGAUAACACAGAAAAAGGGAACUCUUGCUCAGGUGGAGCAGUCCAGGUGCAAAUAAAAUGAGUUAAUUAAUAUAACUGUCACUA